UUUGUGAAAACCAUGGGGUUAGUUUACCCUCAUCGCAAUCGGUUCGCGAGUAUUUGUUAUAUCACAGUGUCUACCCGUCCGGGUACCGUACGUUUAAAAUAAGGUUAUUCGUACGGAAUGUGUAUUUUCCAGAAUAUGUUGGCGCAUGCGCUAUAAGUCCGAAGUGCGUUCGUGCUGCGACGUUUGCUCGCUCGCGUCUGGUGGCUUUCGGCGGCCAUUGUUUUUUCAUUGUUGCAUCAGCCUUUGUCGUUUUAACGUGCGUCAAGAAAAAAGUGUUUCUAACGAUUGUUAGUUUUACAGUUUUGUACUAUUAGAGUUUAUUCCAUUCAACAAUUUUAUAUUGGUUUUGUGUGGUAUCGUUGUUUUUUGCGGUUUGAUUUUGCAAAGAAUUUUCGAGGUUACUGUGUACUGUGAACGACGCGGCACGUGUAUGACACGUGCGUUUACUGUUCCUGAAUAAUCAUUUCAUUUCUUUGAAGCGAACUUUUUUUGAGCCUGUAUAACGCUAAACUAAAACUCCAUCGGGGUGAAAUUUCGUAGAAAUGGAUCGUGAAGAUGAAUCAGAUGCGAAUGAUCUAAAUCCAUCAGAUGACAGUGAUUUUGAGCCCAUUUCUGAAUCCAGUAGAUUUGUGAACAAUACUGCAAAAACCCAAGACAAAUUUUGCGUUGGCAAAAAGUUUAAUUCGUUUGAAGAUUUGGAACAAAGUAUCGAGCAGUAUCAAAAGGAGAUCAACACCUUUUUUUACGUCCGCGAUUCGAUAACCAUUCCGCAAGCCCGGAAGAAACGCAUUAAAAGAUGUAUCAACGAAAAGUUGAAAUAUUAUUUCAUUAAAUACUGCUGCAUUCACGGCGGUAAGAAUUUCGUUUCGCAAGCGACAGGUGUCCGUUCAUCUUCAACAUUCCAGAAGAAGUGUACGUCGUAUAUCCGGGUUGGAUUGAGUGCCUGUGGCAACAACUUGAUUGUUACUGCAAUGAAUAAUGUACACACCCACAAAUGUUCGAAGGAGUUGUUCGUGCAUUUGCCGCGAGCCCGAUCAUUGUCGAAAGAAGAGAGAAAACAAGUUGCCAAAUUGUUGGACGUGGAUGCCAACAAGAAAAAAGUCUCCGAACUUAUCCAGGUUCAAACGGGGAAGAAAGUUCUUCUCAAAGAUUUGCACAACGUGAACUCGGCAUCUCGAGAAGACGAUAACAACCUGCAGGAAACGAUUGCCAUGUUACAAGAAAAGUAUCAUGCUCAAUGUUACGUUUACGAAGAAGCGAACACAUUCAAAGGUUUAUUUUUUGUGACUCCGAAUAUGAAAAGAUCGAUGGAAGCAUUUCCAGAAUUUGUCGGAAUUGAUGGAACUUUCAAAUUGCUCAACAUUCGAGCACCCAUUUAUUUAAUGGUAGUUGAGGAUUCGGAAGGUUCAACAGAAAUUGUUGGCGUUUGCAUUUUGAUGUCUGAAGAUGCCGAUAGUAUCAGAUGGAUGAUUCAAUCCUUCAAAAAAGCUCAUCCCUCAUGGUCGAAAAUCAAGUGUGUCAUGGCUGACAAAGAUCUUCUCGAACGAAAAAUUAUCAAAGAGGAGAUACCGUUCGCAAAUGUGCUGAUUUGUGUGUUCCACGCCUUAAGAACGUUUCAUCGCGAGAUAACGUGUGACAAACUCGGAAUAACGUCUGGACAGAGGGACACGGCUAAAGAGAUUAUCCAAAAAAUGGUCUACGCUCGUAGCGAAGAACAAUAUCAACAGCUUUAUCAGGAGUUGAACAAGUUGCCGAAUUCUAUUGUGGACUAUUUCAACUCGAACUGGCAUGAAAUUCGACAUGAAUGGUCGAUGUCCAACAAUUUCAUGCAGAGCAAUUUCCUUAAUAUCACGAACAACAGACUUGAAUCCCUCAACGCCAAAGUGAAGAGCGUUGUAAAGCGGUACACCACGCUUGAAGAUUUCGUCAGAAGCUUUUUCAUACUGGUCAUGUGUUUGAACGAUGAGCGUGAUCAUAAGGCAGCUUACACGUACCAAAAAAUUGCUGUUCAGGCAUUCGAUGCAGAAAGUCCUGAAUAUUUCUUUUCACAUUUGCUAACGAAAUAUGCAUUCCGAUUUGUUGAAAAAGAACUCCACCCGGAAAACCGUACGGAUUUUACUAUGGUUGAAGGAAAUGACGGUUUCUUAACUCGAAUUGAUGGAACAACGAUCCAUACCAAUUCAGAGUUGUGCGACUGUUUAUUCUUCGUCUCAAUGAAGCUUCCAUGCCGGCACAUUUUCGAAGCAAGAAAGAAUUUGGGCUUGUCACUUUGUGUCGUUGAGCUUUGUGACGAGCGAUGGACGCGUAAAUAUUUUUUCGAAAAGCAGCGUGUUUUUAACCCGAGCGAUGGAAAUAUUGACGUUCCGUCUCCUAAAGUCACUCAAAAUAUACUAAGACGUCGCGUUCUUUCACAAAGUGAUCGGUAUCGAAAAGCUUUUCUUCUCGCGAAGGAAUCUGCAAGUCUUAUUUCCGAAUCAACAGGUGACGAGUAUAUCCGUCGGAUGCAACAAAUGACUGACAUGAAUGCGGCCUGGAGUCAAAAUACGAAUUAUGAGAUUCCAUCUAGUGAUUCGGUGGAAUACGUGGUUACAAGUACACCCCUUGUUUCCGAAAGUCAGCAUUAUUCGGAGCCUGAUUCUGAAUCUGCGAUGUCGCAUUCAAUUAAUGUUGAGUCAGAGAAACACGAGAUUACCAAAAACAAUUACUUCGAGGAGCUGGAUUUAUUUUCGCCGGUCAACAAUUUCAUUUCAAAUCUGGACGAUUCUGAUAAUUUAUCAAGCAGUUCAUUGCACUAUUCUUCGGAUGAUGAUGCUGCUCUAGAUAUCGUCCUCUCAUCACCAGCUGAUAAUGUCAACGAACUCAUUGGGGAUUUCAACAAUAAUGCCGUGGCGAAUUUGAGUGCGGUUGUUUGUGCUCCAAAUGAGCGAGAAGCGAUGAAUAAUGAAAACUUAUGCUCCAAUCAACGAACAACUGAAGGAUCAAGAAAUUUGGUACAGCAAAAGUCGGCUGGGGGAAUAAUUCCCAUCACUUCAAACUCGAAAAAAACAGUAUCGGAAUUUAGCUCGAUCAUUAUGCCUCCGGUAAUUAAACGACGCGGUCGCCCAAAAGGUUCUGAGAAGACUGUUAUCGGUCUUACGAGGAAAAGGAAGUCACAGAAAGGUAACUCGAACUUACCGUUCAAAAAAAAAAGAGAAUCUGAAAAAAUGAAAACCAUUUUGUAUUGGCUGGCUGACGCGAGUUUGGCGAAAUCUGCUUUGUAUGAAGGUAGGAUGAUCGAAAAAGAAGAAGUUGAAACACGACCGGAAAAAUUGUCUCAUGCUUUGAUUGAUGACGAAGUCAAUGUUGCAAUUGUUGAAAAAUAUUUCACAAACGAGGCUUGGCAACUGAUUAAAAAAGCGAUAGACUCGAAAAAAAAACAAAAUGUAUAUCAUUGUGGCAAAUGUUCUGUUAAUUUAGAUGACACUGUUGAUUCCGUCGAUAGCAGCGUCGAUGGUAGUAUAAUUGAUAAAAAAACAUCGAUUGGGUGUGAUUACUGUUUGAUCUGGUAUCAUUUGUCGUGCGUUUCCUUAAAAAAAAAACCAAAGACGAAAUUUUGGAAAUGUCCAAAAUGUUAACUUUUACUCCUAAUUAAUUAACGUUAAAGAUUGAUUCAUGAUCUCAAUUUAAAAUUGAUAUGUUAUACGAUCAUUUUAUGACAAAAUUCUAUCGAUUUAGUAAUUGUUUCGGAAUUCUUCCUGAUACAGUACUAAAACCAUGAUUUCUCAAAAUGUAUUAUUUUGAUGAUACUUUGACUUAUGACUUCAUUUAAAUGAAUCUGUGAUACAAGAAUAAGAUUUCUUCGUCAAAUGAAAAUGGUUUUUUAUUUAAAUGUUAUUAUUUUUUUGAAAUGUAUCUGAGAUUCGAUGUGAACUCUACUGCGUCACUCCAAAUGUAUCUUCAAUUUUUCAUGCUAUGAUUAUAAUAUAUCGUUGUUGAAAAUUAA